UGACAUUGGUCAUAACUCAAUUUACUGGAUCCACACCUUUUCAACAACCUCCAAAAAUGUUCAAGGUUUUCGCCCUCGUCGCCCUCUUCGCUACGGGCUCCAUCGCCUCGGCGAUCAGCUCUGCCGUCGUUGUAAAGAAAGGGGUCGCCCCCUUUGAUGGCACCACGCUCGGAGUGGUCCAGCCGGUCGGCCGUUGCGGUGGUGUAGGUACACCACUCCAGUUGAGAAUUUCGGGAUGUGAAGGCUACUGUGAAUUGCAACCUGGAUCAAUUUAUAAUUGUGAAGAGGACUUUAUGCCCAGCAUGGCUGCACCCUCACUCAUUCUGAAGAUUGAAAUCUGCAUGUCUGCCGGAUUCUGCAUGAUCAUCUUGGAGACCGAGCUGGCCAACUCUUCCGUCCAGCCAGGAUUUAUCUACACGGCGAAGUACUCCAUUGUCCCCAACGAUAUCUUGUCCGGACAGACCGUCGAAUUCAAAGCCUAUAUUAGCGCGUCAGACACUAUGCGUUUGGAGAUUUGCGUGUCUGCCUUUGUCGACAUUCUUUUCGGAGUUGGCAGAUAAGCUGAGUUUUAUUGUCAGAUUUUGAAAAACAAUAAGAAUUUGAAAUUUGCUUUAUGUACAUACUCAUAUGCUGAAUAUGUAUGAGUGAAAAUUGAAAUAAAUCAGCUAUUUAAUUAAAUGUUUAAAAA